UGAUGGCAGUGAUGCUUUAUACAUGUCAGACAGUUAUAUGGCUGCACCAGGACACAUGUAUCACCAGACCACUGGUACAUCUUGGCACCUACCAACCCCUGCUGACCUGCCCAGCCGCGUGGCUCUGAACCCCCUGAGUGGCAACAUGGAUCUGAACAAACGUCCAAAAGCUGCACCAUUGGGAGGCCAGCCAACCUCCUCUGCCCACGUUUCAGUCUGGCCCACCAGGGGAUUUAUUGUCUCACCUCUUUCCGAACAACAGCUCCAGAAAGAGGCUGCGGAAGCCCUCAUGGUGCUGAGAAAUGCCUCCCAGCCAGGGUCCCUUCUUGCCACCUCAGGGGUCCUGAGCCCAGCCAGCUCUGCACCCGCCCUGAUGGCCUCGGCAGCUUUCUCUCAUCCCUCAGAAGCAGCUCACCGCCCUGGGAUGUCCCCUCCUCCCCAACAGCAUCCUCCGUACUUCAUGCCUUCAUAUGGCAUGCAUGCUGUCAAGGCCUCCCGGGACCUAGCUUUGAAAGGAAGUUAUGUCCCUCCAGAACCUGUUGGUGUGAGCGGAGAACCGGGGCUCCUCCUACCGUUACUCCAUGGCAGCAGUCUUCCCCAGCAGUACAAAAAUGUCCGCCUGUUCUCAGUUACGCCGUCCCGGAGCCCCCAGAUCGCCACUUCCGUAAUGGUCUCUAGUAUCCAAACCGUCAGACCUAGCUGCAGAGGGUCUUCCGGUGUCAGCCACCACCAUUUCGGUCCAGGCUUGGCAGCCUAUCAGACUUCAUCAGGCUCCAUACCAAAGAAUCUAUGCAUGCCACAAACUAUAGAUGCUGGUUGGAUUUCAGAGACCAAUGUUGAGGUCCUUGCUCCACCCGGCUCAUCUUAUGCUAGCCCUCAACUGCUGCCCUUCUGUGCCCCGCCAAUGGAUGUCACUGUCAGGCAUGUGCCCGUACAAAAGGUCAUUCCGUGCAGCCCCGUCGGGAUGGAACUGCACAUGCUCCCUAGGUUGUCCCUGCUGAAUCCCAGCCCCUACCUUAUAGCUCAACAAGCUUUCCCAGACCCCGUGUUUCUCGCAGGGCACAAAUCACAGCAUUGCCAUCAGCAACAGCACAGCCAAGAUGGAAGGAAUUUUAGUAAGGAGGAGGAAGGAGGAAAGGAGGAGCAUGGGAGCAGCCUCAAUGUGCCCAGGAGCGAGGAUCCAGAAGAUUCUGCUGAAGGAGCGCCUGACUUCCUUCCAUCCAAACAAAUAUGCAGCCCGCCUGACCAGCAAACCUCCCCAAAUCUACAGCAUCCAAACCAUCCCCACCAGGCCAAUACCUCCCCUUGCGUUUCUCUCAGCAUUGGUCAGAUGGGCUCCAUCUCCUGCCCCAGCUUGACUCCUGAGAGUGGGAGGUAAGGAAGUUCUGUUAGAGAAGAUACUAAAGAUCCUUCCUUCUGGCCAAGGAACUUUCAAAAAUGACCUAUGACCAGGGACACAACCUUUGCGUUCUUUCCUUCUCGUCCAUAGCGAGGUUAUUGCAGAAGCUGUUGGCUUCCUUGUGGCAACACUUAACACAUUCACUUCAUUUCUAACUUGUUCCGUUCCAGACAAGAGGCAGAGUUUGUGAGAGAGAUUUGAGCAAAUGUUAUGUUUUAAAUAGCAUGGUGUUAGUUUUUAACAUAUAGAUUAAAAAGUUUUGUUGCUUCUUUAAAAAAAUGGGAUAUUGAGAUAUGUUUACACCACUUUAAAAUAAAUAAAUCAUACUGAAAUAAUUCAUGAAUCAGAGAUGGGUUUUAGGUCCCGUGAAGAAGAAUUUGAUCCAUUUCCAAAGAGAUUUGUGCUAUUGAUUUCAUGACUCAGGGAGAAAAAAAUGUAUUUCAUUCUCUGCACCACUGUUGGCUGCCAAUAAAAUGUUAAGAAGAACAGCAGUAGUCUGUUUGGGUUUUUAUCCCAAGGCUGCAUGUUUGAAUGAUGUGAAGAAACAAAUGUUCAUUUUGCGCUAAGUUGCUACUUAGCGCAACUUCAGGAAGGACUC